AUGGCUACCGCAUCUUCCGACGACAUCAGGUCGACCACUGAGAGUCCUUCACCUUCGAGUCCGGCUUCGUCGACCGGUCAAAUUCCUUUGGAACAGCCCCCGAAACUCAAGGGUCGUCACAAAUUGCUCCAGAAUCUCCAACGUAUCUCGUCCAGUCCGAGUCUCACCAGGCGCGGCCGAUCCGCUUCCACAGGGUAUCGCCGCGAGGGAAAAGCUUCCCUGUCCUGCAUCUCGCUUUCGCAAACAGUCUACUCCCCCUGCUUGGGCAAUGGGAGCUCAUCGCAGCUAUACGGGGGACUCAAUGCGCAGUCUGUGACUCCUGGGGCCACUGCCCCUCAGACCGAUUACUUCGAAGGCGCCGCUCGCAUCCGGGUGGUUCCCUCUGAGUCCCCCAAUGCUUCCGGGUCGAAGACAAUUCCUUUGCCUCAGGACCUGCGACCGGUUUCUCGUGGACUGGCAAUCAGUAUGGCCGACGUCACGACUGAGGCUACCACUGCGCUGCCACCACCCAAACCGAAGGUCUUCGAUUUCUGGGGAAACUUGCCGGACGAACUCAAGAUGCAUAUCUUUAGGUACCUCACACCAAGAGAGAUUGUUCGCUUAUCCGCCGUCUCCAAAGCUUGGAAUGCAAUGUGCUACGAUGGGCAGCUCUGGAGUGAAGUCGAUACGACGGAGUAUUACCGCGACAUUCCUAGUGAGGGUCUCGUGAAACUGAUGACUUCUGGUGGUCCCUUUGUUCGAGACCUCAACCUACGGGGUUGUGUUCAACUCAAGGAUACAUGGCGCACAGAGGGCGAAAGAAUCACCGACUUGUGUCGGAACGUGGUCAACUUCUCUCUGGAAGGGUGUCGUGUGGACAAAUCCACGAUCCACUACUUCUUAUUGCGGAACCCCCGCCUUGAAUACAUCAACCUAUCGGGACUGCUCACCGUCACUAACUCCGCCAUGAAGAUCAUUGCCCAAUCCUGUCCACAGCUGGAGAUUCUGAACGUUUCUUGGUGUACUAGCGUCGAUACAUCUGGCUUGAAGAAAGUGGUGGUCGCUUGCCCGAAGCUGAGAGAUCUACGAGCUAGCGAGAUCCGUGGCUUUCACGAUAUCGAUUUCGCUGCGGAGUUGUUUGAGCGAAACACCUUGGACCGCCUGAUCAUUAGCCGAACGGACAUUACCGAUGAGAGCUUGAAGGUCUUGAUGCAUGGCAUCGACCCGGACAUCGACGUGCUUUUGGAUCGGCCGAUCGUCCCUCCGCGACGGCUCAAGCAUUUGGACAUUCACCAAUGUCCUGAACUCACCGAUCGUGGUGUGAAGAGUCUUGCCUGGAACGUGCCUCACCUGCAAGGGCUGCAGCUCUCCCACUGCUCCGACCUCACCGAUGAGUCCGUCAUCCCCAUUAUCCAGACCACCCCUCGUCUCACACACCUUGAACUCGAAGAGUUGACCCGGCUCUCCAAUCAAACGCUUAUCGAGCUUGCCAAGUCACCAUGCGCUCCUCGCCUGGAACACCUUAACAUAAGUUACUGUGAGCUUCUUGGAGACCAAGGAACUCUGCCGAUAAUGAAGAGUUGUCUUUCUCUUCGCUCUGUUGAGAUGGACAACACACGAGUGUCUGAUCUAACUCUGAUGGAAGCCAGUCUUCGCGUACGCAAGAGGGGCUAUGGCGAGAAUCUGCCUCAGAUUGGUCUGCGGUUAGUCGUAUUCGAUUGCGGCAAUGUGACUUGGGCCGGUGUCAAAGAGGUACUCUCGAGCAAUGCUUUUAUCCCACGGUCUCGUAAACCCCCUCAGACCGUCUCAGUGGUGGCACAGACGGUGGAACAAGGCCAGGUGCCGGGAUCCCCAGCCAUGAUCACAUCUUCCAUCACGCCCCCGCCCCCACCUCCUGUAUAUCCGAAUGAGAUCAUCCACCUCAAGUGUUUCUAUGGCUGGCAGAUGACCGUGAAUGAGCACAACAAGCGAGUUCUCCGCGGUGAUCUCGCAGCAGCGACUCGGCUCGAUCGCAAAUGGGCCGACUACAUGAUGGCGACUGAGGAGGCGGGUACCACUGGCUCCGGCAUGCGCAGGCGACGACGCCGAGCUCGCGAGGCGGAAAGAAUUUACAAUGAAGUCGACGAAGAGGCUGCUGCGUAUGGAACUGGAGACAUCUCCGCCCUGGGAGCAGGACGUCGUCGCCAUACAGAGAGCAAUACUGGCUGCACAGUCAUGUGA